CAACAAUGUUCUUAAGAUGGCUGCAUCUCCAGGGGGAAGUACCAUGGAUGCUCAGGCUCGUUUCGGCCAUUCAGUAAAAGGGUUGCUGACCGAGAAGGUGACCAGUUGUGGCACAGAUGUUAUCGCUCUCACUAAACAGGUGCUGAGGGGAUCUCGGAGCGCCGAGUUCCUUGGACAGGCUGCCAGAAACAUGGUGAUGCAAGAGGAUGCUAUUCUGCACUCGGAAGAUAGUUUAAGGAAAAUGGCCAUUAUAACAACGCAUCUGCAGUAUCAGCAAGAAGCUAUUCAGAGAAACAUUGAACAGUCUUCAAAUUUGCGUGAUCAACUGAGCCACCUUUUGAAAUGAAGAGAGAGCAAUGUAAUGUACCAAAGAAUGGAUGGAAACUAAUGAUGAAAACAAUGCCCUAAGAAUUGUGGAGUCCUAUCUUAUUUCCUCCUCUGUUUCAACAGUUGCACUGAGAUUGUCCUUGUCCAGAUGUCAUAUGCCAGUUGUGAUGAUGCAAAGCACAUGCUGCUCAGUGCAUAAAACCCAGACUUGGAAUGGGAAGCAUCUGUUAAUUUUCUUAUUGCACAUGUUUCCUUUCAAAAAAGAUGGUAGUACUUUUUAUUUAUUUUAUGACAUUUUUUUUGUAAGGUAACUAGGAAAUAACAAAAGUAAUCUUCCCCAAGGGUUUGUCCGCCGCAUCAUGAAUCAAAUACUUAAUCUUGUUUUCAGUGCUUUUAAUAAUAAAUUCUUCUCCUUUCAAAUGCUGAAGGCUGAAUCAAAUUCAUACUCUUCAUUUUUCUGUGCAGUGAAAAGUGGUACAUUGAUAGAAAGUGUUUCCUGUCUGUGGUUAGUGGUACCCACACAUGACUUUAUACAAGAGCAUUGUUUUUGCAUGCCUCCUCUAACCCACAACUCAGAGGAUUUGUAAUGGUGUGCCUGAUCCUGAACAGAGUGAGAUCAUGCAUUAUGUGCAAGAUUUCUAGUAGUCUCUAAACACUUGA